AUGUCGUCUAGCAAGCGGCAUUCUAUGCUGCCCGCCGUCUCCAACACCGGCCCGCGACCGCCAGUCAACUUCUCUUCCUCCCUCACCAUCGCUGACAGCGCCAUUCUUGUCGGAACGCACUCGGUCACGAUCCAAUCGGAAAGUGUGUUACAUCCACGAUCGAAGCUGGAAUCUACCGACGGCAGCAUCCUCAUAGGCCGACGGUGCAUCAUCCACGAGCGAACUCAUAUUGGUGCGGUCGGCAAUGAUGAUGCUAAUGGAGGCAUUGUGCUUGGAGACUAUGUGACCGUAGAGGUCGGCUCGGUCAUACAAGCUGGAGGCACGGAGAUUGGGGCGGAUACCGUGGUUGGGGUCCGAUCUCGGAUAGGGAGUGGUGCUGUCAUUGGGAAGAAUUGCACGAUAUCACCUUUGACCGUCAUCAAACCUGGCGAGAAGAUACCAGACUACACAGUUGUGUACUCGAAUGGCCAGCGACGGAUCGACAGACGAGGAGUUACGGACUUGAAGCAUAAGGCGCAGGCGCGGCAGAUUGAUGUGCUCAGGAGAUUGAUACCCAACAAGGCCGAGAAAUGGCUGAGUUAA